ACCGCGUGUAGCGAGCCGCCAUGGGUGUUGGUGUAGGUGCAGGUUCAGCCGCGGCUACCGGCCGCCGCCCUAGCCGCCCCAGCCGUCGCGCAGGUGCAAGUGCAGGUGCAAGACACAGUGCCACGCUCCUCUCCGCCCUCACCGUCGCCGUGCUCGCCGCGUGCUGGACAAAUGGCGCGACCGCCCAACAGAACGGGUACUUCGGCGUGCCGCUGGGCGAGCUGACGAGGCUGCACCACGGCGUCCGGGGCAAUGUGUUCGCCGUGGACGCCAGGACCCUGCACAUCAGGGACUUCCACUACGACGGCGAGGGUCCCGCCGCCUACUUCUACGCCGGCAACAGUAAGAACCCCGGCGCUCAGGGCUUCCGUAUCAGAGACGAACGAGGCUCUGCGUCCCCGUUGAAGCGGUACCGCGGCAAGCACAUCACCAUCACCCUCCCCGAGGGCAAGACGCUGCACCAGCUGCGCUGGUUCUCCAUCUGGUGUGAGGAGUUCUCGGUCAACUUCGGCGACGUGCGCCUCAGCAAGAGUCUGGAGCUGCCCAAGCCCCACAAGAUCGGCGCCCUGAGCGGCAUCCACGGCGUGUCCUCCGACCCCGUGGUGGUGGUGGACGCCCAGACCCUGCUCGUGCCGUCCUUCUCGUACGACGGCGAAGCUCCAGACGCCAAGUUCUGGGUGGGCCGCGGCCCCAAGCCCUCGCCGCAGGGCAUCCGCGUGGCGGACGAGAACGGCAAGGAGGUGCCGCUGCGCCGCUACGAGCAGAAGACCCUCGUGCUCACGCUGCCCGGCGACCUGACCGUGUUCGACAUCGGCCACUUCGGAGUGUGGUGCGAGGCCUUCGCCGUGGACUUCGGCCACGUGCAGCUGCCCCGCUCCCUCAGCGUGCCGCCGUCGCUGCGCAUGCUGGGCGUUCAGCCCCAGUCCAAGCUCAACUGCGAAGUCCUCAACGACGACCUGGCUUACGAAGUCCGUUGGGCCGUGGCUGGUGACUCCGUCGUCCUGCAGCUCGUCGCCAAACUAGACGACAAUGAGUACAUGUCCUUCGGCCUCUCCGGCGAGCCCAACAAGAGCGCGAUGGUGGGCGGCGAUGUGGUGGUGGCCUGGGUGGACAAGAACACCCUCAAGGGCACCGCCGUGGACUACUACCUGGACGCCAAGUCGCAGUGCUCUGGCGCUCGCGGCUCCUGCCCGGACACCCGCAUCAAGGACAACUCCAACAGCAUCCGCCUGCUGAACGCCGCCCUGGUGAACGGCUACUCCAUCGUGACGUACCAGCGCCCCCUCGCCGCCAGGGACGCCCUGGACAAGGCCGUGCUCACCAACGGCUCGCAGCCCGUCAUCUGGGCCGUGGGGCCGCUCAACCAGCGCGGGGAGGUGUCCUACCACUCGCUCGCCAACAGAAAUGACAUCUUCCUGGAGUUCGGCCGCUCCCCACGGUGGAACUGCCCCCUGCCUGACGGCGGCCACGGCGCCGGGGAAGACCAGGACCGCGAGCCGGCCCGCCCCGCGCAGACCACCGCCGUGACCACCCGGCCUCCCGCGACGCCCGCGCCGCACCCCAAGAAGGACGCGUGGGAGAUCCCGCCCAUCCAGUGCCACGAGCCCGAGGACGGCGUGUUCUACGCGCAGAUGGGCCCCACGGGGGGCAAGCACGGCUACCCGGCCAUCACGGGCCACGUGGGCUGGGGCAUCUCGUGGUACAUCAACGGCCUGCUCAUCCCGGAGAUCAACGUGGUGCGCGGCAAGACGUACACCUUCGUCGUGGAGGGCGGUCUGGACGCCGAGACGCCCGCCCGCUACCACCCCUUCUACAUCACCGACGACCCCGUCGGCGGCUUCGAGCACAAGACGGCCGAGGAGCGAGCCAGCGUCCGCAUCUUCGCCGGCGCGGUGCAGGACAAGCGCGGCCACAUCGUGCCCACCGGCACGGGCCGCCUGUGCAACUGGACGCCCGACCCCAACCAGCCCCUAGCGGACGAGUUCAGCUCCUUCGGCGCGUACCAGCGCACCCUCACGCUCGUCUGCGACGAGGGCGAGCCCGGCGUGGUGCAGUGGACCCCGGACCACAACACCCCCAACACCGUCUACUACCAGUGCUUCACCCACCGCUACCUCGGCUGGAAGAUCAACGUGCUGGACAGCUGCGACAAGGGGUCGCAGGGCGCGGCCAGCGAGCAGGUGUCGACGCAGGUGGCGGCGCCGCUGCAGGUGCAGCAGGACCAGGACCUGGACGGCAAGGCCAGCAUCCAGGUGGAGACGCGCGUGCCGGCGGCCGGCAACCGCGUGUCGGCGGCCAGCUCCCCGUUCGGCCAGGACAUCAAGGGCCUCGACGGCCUCAUCAGCGACGAGGACCGCGUCGUGCUGCUCAAGGGCAUCGAGAAGUUCGCCGCGGUGCACGACAAGGACCCCUUCCCUUUCGACAGCAACAAGCUCCUCGCACAGGUGCAGACCCAGUCCGAGGCUGCUGAAGCCGUGACCCUGCCAGAGGCCCUGACAGAGGCCCAGCUCGAGGCCGGUGUAGAGUCCGAGGCUCAAGCCGAGGCCGGGGCCGGAACCAGUGCGUCAGCAGGCCUGGCCACGACCCUCUACGACCACCUCAGAGAGGAGACGGCCAAGCAGGAGCCCCAGCCCCAGGGGCAGGGGCAGGGACCGUCCUCCAACCCCGCGCCCUCGCCCACAGACCUGGCCGCGACGCUGGCUCAGCAUCUGCCGCACCUGCAGCAGCAACAGCUGGCCGGGCUGUUGGGCAGCGGGCACUCGUUCCCGCUGGGCCUCGGCGGCCUCGGCGGCCUCGGCCCGAGCAUGAUGCACCUCAAGUACAUACCGCACCCCUCACUGCGCAUGCCCGCCCCCGGCGCCCCCGGCCACAUGGCGUACGUCGCCCGCGGCCCGCCCGCUCGGCCCCUGCUGUACACCAAGCACGGCCUGGCGCCACACCCCGGCCUGGCCAAGGCCCCGCACGCGCCGCACGGCAUGAUGCCCCUGUCCAUGAUGCACCCGCACCGCCACACCCUCCCCAGCCACUUGAUGCGCCGCCCCGUGCCCUUGAUGCUCGCGCAGCAGCAGCGGCAGCCUCUGGGCCAAGCCGGUCUGCUCGUGACCUCGCCCUCGCAGCACAACUACGUCAUCAAGAAGAAGCCGCUGUUCCGCGUGCCCGCGGGCGUGGGCGUGGGCGUGCCGGCCGGCGUUCCCGCGGCCGUUGCCGGCGGCGUGCCGCUGCUGUCGUCCAGCACCCUGCGGCCGCUGUACAUCCCCACCGGGCUGCAGGGGCUGCAAGGGCUGCACACGUCCACGCUGCGCCCCGCCAUGCAGUCCACGCUGUCACUCCAGCAGCAGCUCUACGCCACCACCAAGCUGCAGAAGCUAGCGGCGGCGCUGUCCUCCACCACGACCACCACGACCACCACCACGACCCCCGCCCCCAUCCCCGCACCAGUACACCACGCUUACCAAGGCCACCAGGGCCCGCUCCGCCACCACGCUGUACAGUCCUACCCCGCCCCCGCCUACUACCGGCCGCCCUCCGCCAACCCCUACCCGCCCGUGUCCCCCGCCUUCGAGCUGGACUCGUCACCGGAGCAGACGCCGUCCGCGUCCCUGGGCCCGCUCGCCAUCAACACGGGCUUCAACCCCGGCUCCGUGGUGGUGGAGGGCGGCUUCAAGCCCAUCCUGCAGCGCCGCCAGGACGAGGCGCAGGACCGCAUGGCCUUCGUGGAGGGCGGUGACGACGAGGACGACCUGAUGGAGGGCUCGGUGGUGGAGAUGGAGCGCCGCAGCUCGGACGUGGCCGUCGAGGACGAGGAGGACGAGGACGCGGAGCAGAAGCAGCGCCGCACCGAGACCUUCGAGCCCAUGUUCAUCCCGUCGCCGCCCGACCGCAACAGCUUCAAGCCGGGUGCGUCCACCACCGCGAAGAAGGCCGUGGAGCCGGGCAAGACACUGAAGCAGGCCAAGUUGACGAAGGGCAAGCAGCCACGGCGAGACAAGCCGGCCCAGCUCACACCCAUCAUCGUGCGGCCCAGGCCCGCCAUCCUGCGCCGCCCGCUCUACCCCAACAUGGUGGUGCCGCCCUUCAAGAUCCAGGCGCAGGCCCGACGCGGCCACCAGCAGCUCGACCCGCUCGAUUCCGAGGACGACGACGACGAGGAAGGCAUUGAGGAGGCGCCAGCCGCUAGUAAGGGAUCAGCCGCACCGAAGCAGCUGCAACAGCAGCAGCGUGACGAGGACCUAGAAGAGGACGACGAAGAGGCGGAGGACGAGACUAUGAUGGCAGCCGAGCGAAUGGACACCUACUAUCUGCCGCCGUCCGCGCCCCAGCAGGGCCUCCCGCACACCAUCGUCACCUACGACGGCAAGGCCGUGGACGCCGCCAUCGCGGCCACCAUCCCGAACCCUCCGCCAGACACGCUGCGGUCCCCCAGCAGCGCGGACCUGGUGCGUGCGCCGCAGUUCGGCCCGUUCCUGGGCGAGGCCCCGCCGCCAGUACCCGCCGCCCCGUCCCCCCUGGAGCUGCCGCAGCUGCAGCAAGUGCAGCCGGCGCCGCUGGCCAACUACCCACCGCUGCCACUGAGCGCUCCCGGCGACGACGGCCAGGGCGACGGCCAGGGCGACGGCCCCCUGGUAUUGCUGCAGGGCCAGGACGGCCAGGACCCCCUGCAGACGGACGCCAGCAGCCAGCACCACGCGCAGCACGCGCAGCAGAGCAAGCGAGAACGUCGGUCGCCGAAACCACAUCACGAACCCGGUCAUGAGGGCCACGACGACGACGACAAGGCGGGAGUGGCGCCGAGCGGGGCCGCCAGCACCAGGUCGAACAUCGCCACCACCCUCAGCAUUCUGUGUGCCAUUCUAGUGUCGGCCCUGAGAUAGGGAUAGGCUACUCCACGGGGCCCCGCCCCGCGCGAUGCACAGGGGGUGGUGGCGCCGCCUCGUCCUCAACGAGUCCGCCACGAGAGGGCGAGGCGGCCGGCCCGGCCCCUUGCACCGUCCGUGGCUCCCCGCAAUCUGGACUUGUAAAUAUGUGUUGCUGAGAGAGAGAGCUAAGUCUUCACUGAAGAAUUUCCCAAUGUGUUUGUGUGCUCUGUGGGGUUGAGAUUGUAAAUUUGAUACAUCUUGUAAAUUCUAAUGGGUAUCAAUGCAAUUUUUGUAGGAACCUCCCAAGAUGAUGUAAUGAUAAGCACACAGCACAACUGUCAUCCAGCACAUAAGUUAUUUCUUAUUUAUGAAACCAUGUCAUUGUAAAUUGAAAUGAGGCAGCUAAUGUGUCAGGAAUUCACAAGAAUUAGAUUUCAAUGUUUUUUUAAGGAAGUAAAACAGAUGAUUUCUCUGUCGCGCGGUGGUUCAAAGGUAUAAAUGUGAUAUAGAUAGAAGUUCAAAAAAUCAUGAGGUGUUAUGUAAUCUCGAAAGUAACAGAUGACCACCUCUUGGAGGUACAUAUCAAAAGAAAGAUUUUCAGGGAGUUCUGUAAGCACCUGCGAGUGUGGACAAACUUCUAGUACUGUACGGCUUUUUGUAAAAUAUGGUUGGAAGCUUUGAGAAUAAACUUCAGAUGUAAAACAGA